GUGCCAGCUGGCAAGUGCUCGGAAGACGCAAGGCGGCGGGCGGUACGCCGGUGAGUCGUUCCAUGGAGUCGUGUAUUUUACGACGUGUGUGGAGAAACUGAAAGAAAAGUUCGUGUUCUUAGUGGUGCUUUGGCCGCGUUUUCUAACAUACUGCUUAACUCUUCGCGUUUUGCGGCACUUUUCCCGCUGUGUUACGAAGCGCUGCGCGAGCAGAAGUGCAGACGCGCACCGCUCUCGAAAAGCGCUGCCUUGGUGCCAAGCUUAUUGAUUCGUCGAAGAAGACGUCUGUUGCGCGAACCGUACGAAAAUGGUUCGCUUGGGCCUGGUAGCGUGGAUCGCCGUAGUGGCUGCGAGCAGCGCAGUGUCCGCUACGUCGGAGUCCGGCAGCGGCGGCGGCAACAGCAAGCGGCUGCAGAUCGGCGUCAAGCGACGCGUCGAAAAGUGCGACGCGCGGUCCCGCAAGGGUGACGUGCUCCACAUGCACUACCGCGGAACCCUCGAGGACGGCACCGAGUUCGACAGCAGCUACAACCGCGGCGAGCCGCUCACCUUCACGCUUGGCUCGGGACAGGUCAUCCGAGGAUGGGACCAGGGACUGCUGGCAAUGUGUGUGGGAGAGAAACGCAAGCUGGUGAUACCACCUGACUUGGCGUAUGGUUCCCGAGGUGCACCACCUACUAUUCCAGGUGACGCAACGCUGACGUUCGAGGUGGAGCUAGUCAAGAUAGACCGGAAGACGGAGUUGUGAGGAGCUCCGCCAGAAAAGCAAUGUCAAACGCAACACCCUGUCCGUCGAUGGAGACGCCUCGUGUGAGAACAUUGUUGGCUGCGUACAGACUUUGCAGUAGCAGGAACGUUCCAAUGGCCAGCAGUGCAAAUGCCGGCACGUCAUCCUGGAGCCAUUCAUCGACGAGCAUCCAAAUCCCUCGCCAGACGGACACGCAGGCAUAUGUUGCUGCCAGGUGCCAGAGUUCCUCGAACACACGUUGCAUCCAGGACAGGCCUCUUGCUGCUGAUAAAAAAAAAAAAUCGGUGAUGGGAAUUUUUUUUUUUUCUUUGAUGCGUGACCGCAUUAACUCCAUAUCCAGUCAUUUCAUUCUUUGUAUAGAAUAAUUUCAUGUGAUCGUCAGGGGUUUGUUGGAUAUGGAAGUUGUGGGGCAUGCAGAUUUUCGUUAAGAAAAGUACAAGAGAUCAGAAGAGAGGUGAGGUGUCGUGAUGCAAUACAGAUGCCUUGUUAUGAGCUAAGCUUUCAGCAGGAAAUGUCAGCUAUGCCUAAAUUUUUUGGGUGUUCACUGCAAGUGCACAAAAGCCAUAGUGUUUGCUGUGCCUUUACUGCUGGGUUCUUGUAAACCUUAAAGCCGGCAUCAGGCUCCUUCUUUUUGCCUUUUCUGCAAGAGUGAGCGCCCAAAUGCUGUUCACGUAACUCCCAUCCUUCAUUUUUCUUGCAUUUUUCACAUAAUUUGUGUCAUUUGGGAUGCAGCUGCACUUCUGGCCAAGUUUCAUCACUGCAAUCUAUGUUUAUCACUGCUGGUGGUGAAAUUGGGCUUUGUGGUGGUUAAUGAGGCAGAACGAGCACUGUAGCACUGGUUGUACAUUUGUUGCUUGCAAUUUGUUGACAUUACUUUUUUUAACCUUCCUUGCACUAUUGUUCCUUAAAACAUGCCCAAACUUUUGUGUGUUUUAGUUUGUUGUUGAUAUCUUGUGAUAUUUAAGGGCGCUAAAAUAAAUAUACCUGUCUUUGUUAGAGUGUGAA